GUAAUAUCGUGUGUUUCGAAAACUAAUUUUAGUGAUAAUUUUUUUCAACGAAGUAAAACAAUAUAAUCAUGAAUCUCAACUUUAUGCUUACGGAAAUAUCGCUUCAAUUGCUGGGCAACAAGUUCUACGACAUCAACGGCCGAGAGACGGACAAUCUAAAGGAUUUGUUUUCGGCCCAUUCAUCACUGCGGUCACAUCCUAUCAAUGGCCAGCAAAAGCGUACACUAAAAACGAAAGGCAAUUUGAUGCAGAUGAUAGGCAUGCCAGGAUUGAAUAGUGUUCAGAAAAACACAAACGAUUAUGUCGAUAGCCAGUACAGAGGAUUUAUGGACAACCAACGGGCACGGAACGACGCAAUGUCGCAAACUGAAGCACCCGCCACGAAUCCAGCACAGGUACAGAAGGAUCUGUGUGAAAUGCGCAUCAAAACCCAACAGGAGUUCGUGAGGAUAGUCGGGCACUCGAAAAAGAUGAAGGACAUCUACCUGGAUACCUUGCCAGCGGAUGCCGAUCGAGACUGGGAAUUUUCAAAGUACAACGAGGAGGAACGCAAUCUUCUGAUAAACGAGUACAACAGGCUCCUAUAUAUGCUGAAGCAUAUUCUGGCGGACGUGAACGACCGAUCGGAUUGCGAACAGAUAGCGAAGAUCAUCGAGGGUAUAAAAGAAACACUAAAACAUCUUUAGUCGCUGUCAUAUUAUGGAUAUUGGCCGAUAGUUAGAGACUUUCUUUAUGGUACAUUUAGGAUUCGUGUAUAUCUUCCUACUUGAUUUACGACUGAUGACUACGUUAUUAGAAUUAGAUGAUUGAUUGUCUUGAUUAACAAAAUUUCACUCUUAGAAUAAUAU